AUGACAACACAGCGUCGGCGAGUCUCCCAAACAAAGAUGGCGGGCCGGGCGACGGAACAUUCACCACAGAGGGAUGAUUCAGACGUAAUUUCCCACGUAUCCCUGUGGCGGAGGCGGCCCUUACUUCUGUCAGGGCAAGUGGCGCCCUUCGCGGUGCUGUGGGCGGCGUGGGCGGCAUGGGCGGGCGCAGGCGGCGGCGCAAGUGACAUGAGAUGGCUGCAGAUGGAUAUCCCUGAAUUCAUGGAACUAUUUAAGGAGAGGGCAACAGCGCCAUUCUUCGUGUUCCAGCAGCUCCGCAAUAUGGCCGAAAUCAGGCGCAUGGGGGCCAAGCCGUACACCGUGCAGGUUUGUACGGGUGUGGGAAGGGUGUCUGCAGGUGUGGUGGAGGUGUGGGCGUGUGAAGGGUUUGCUUUGGGUUUGGGGGGUGUGCGGGUGUGGGAAGGGUGUCUGCAGGUGUGGUGGAAGUGUGGUAGCUGUGGCGUCUCUCAAAGUGUGGGAAGGGUGUCUGCAGGUGUGGUGGAGGUGUGGCAGGUGUGGCAGGUCUAUGACCCCAGGAUAGUCACAGAUAGUCAGGAUAGUCGACUACUGGACCUGACUACUGACUCCAAACUGCACGUUCUCUAUGGAGGCACCAAAAUAGUCCAGCACACUCCACCUAUCAAGACUACUACUGGUCUGAGAGGCACAGCGGACCCCGAGAGAAGCCGCUACAAACUAUUCCUGGAGUGCACGUUGAUCUUGACAUCGGUGGUGCCCCCUGAACUGCCCAUCGAGCUGUCAUUGGCUGUUAACACAUCCCUGCUGUCCCUGUCAAAGCUGUGUGUGUUUUGUACCGAGCCGUUCCGUAUUCCUCUGGCUGGCAAGAUCGACUGGUUAAGGAGGAGGAGGAGGAAGAGGAGGAGGAGGAGGAGAAGGAGAAGGAGGAAAAAAAUUGACGUAACCUGUUUUGACAAGACCGGGACCCUUACCAGUAGUGACCUGCUGGUGGAGGGUCUGGCUGGGCUGGGAACUUCAGAAAUAGUACCGCUUAAUGAGGCACCCCCAGAUAGUAUACAGGUAGUCGCGGCCUGCCACUCACUUGUACAGCUUGAGGAGGGACUGGUAGGCGACCCACAGGAGAAAGCAACACUAGCAGCAAUAGAUUGGAUGCUUACAAAAGGGGACAGCUCAGGGGCCGCGGUGGUGCCUCGCAAGGGCAAGAUGGCCGGUCUGCGAAUAAUACAACGUCAUCAUUUCACCGCUCAGCUCAAGAGAAUGGCAGUUGUUGCGGGCUUCACCACUCUGUCUGGGGAAGUCUCAUACAUCUCAGCGGUCAAGGGUGCCCCAGAGACUAUCCGAGAAAUGCUUCACACAGUGCCACCAGGAUAUGACAACACUUAUAAAACUCUAUCUAAACGAGGUGCUCGAGUGUUGGCGCUGGGAAGGAAGGAGCUUGGAAGGUUGGCCCACGCAGAGGUAAGGUCACUGACAAGAGGGGACCUAGAGAGUGACCUGACCUUCGCUGGGUUCAUCAUUAUCUCCUGUCCACUUAAGAGAGAUUCGAAGGAAGUUAUCAGAGAGAUUCUUCACUCCUCUCAUGCUGCUGUGAUCCUAACUGGCGACAACUACUUGACAGCUUGCCAUGUUGCUAAUGAGCUCAAGUUUACCCAGAAGUCGGCCAUCUUGGUUCUGCAGGCCAAGGAACAAGCAGGCGAGGAAUUGAGCGAGAAAUUUAAGCGAGAGAGAGAGACAGUGGGCGUUGGCAAGAUCUGGACGGCUCGCUCUCUCUCUCCAUCUCACUUGCGGAGGUCGGACUAGACGUGGCUCUGAAAAAAU